GGUACGGCCACGCCACGCCGGGCACGGACUCGGGCAAGGUCUUCUGCAUGUUCUAUGCGUUCCUGGGCAUCCCGCUGACGCUGGUCACCUUCCAGAGCCUGGGCGAGCGGCUGAACGCGCUGGUGCGGGGCCUGCUGCUGGCGGCCAAGCGCUGCCUGGGCCUGCGGCGGCCGCGCGUGUCCACCGAGAACAUGGUGGUGGCCGGGCUGCUGCUGUGCGCCGCCACCCUCGGCCUCGGGGCCGCCGCCUUCGCGCACUUCGAGGGCUGGACCUUCUUCCACGCCUACUACUACUGCUUCAUCACCCUCACCACCAUCGGCUUCGGCGACUUCGUGGCGCUGCAGAGCGACGAGGCGCUGCAGACGAGGCCGCCCUACGUGGCCUUCAGCUUCCUCUACAUCCUGCUGGGGCUCACGGUCAUUGGCGCCUUCCUCAACCUCGUGGUCCUGCGCUUCCUCGCGGCCACCGCCGACGCGCCCGAGAGCGCCGCCAGCCCGCUCCGCCUGGGGGCGCCCGAGAGCCGCGGCCCCUCCAAGACCCGCCGCCCAGCCCGCCCCGCGGGCUCCCGCUCCAUCUCCCACCGCGUCCACCAGCUGGAGAUGAGCGCCCGCGACAAUCUGGGCUUCUCUCCGCCCUCGAGCCCCGGGGCCGUGCGCGGCGGCAGGGCAGACAGGCCCCCGGUCCGGCGGAAUUCCAUCUGA